GACGGGGCAGGCUGCCUGUGCACCGCUACCAACGGAGUCUACAGCCGGGCUGAGAGCAGACGACGCAGAGAUGUGGGACAGCCCUGAUCCGCGGGUUUUCGGAGGAGAGGAGAAGAUGAUGCUUCUGCUGCUGAUGCUGAGGCUGCUGCUGCUGAGCGCCGCCGGCUGCAGCGGGUCCCAGUAGUCAGUCUGCACAGCGCGGAGGGAAGCUGCUUCAACACCGUCUGCAUUGACCGGUUCACUCACGCUGACCUGGACCAUGAGCAAUGAUUUGCCUGUUCUGACAAGUCUGACGGAGAACUCCACUGAUGUGCCGGUGUCGACGGGCCAGGUGGAGAACUAUGUGCUGCUGUUGGUGCUGCUGAGUGUUUUUGCUGGGGGGACGCUGGUCCUGCUCUCCCUGCUGCUCCUCUUCUGUCACCGCUGCUGCAUGGGUGGACGCCGCUACUCCAGGUGGGUGCUGCCUACCGAAGCCAGCGAUGACCCUGAGAAGACAAACACCACUUAUGCUGAGGAUUCUCAGCCCACCCAAGAGAUCACCAUUCGUCUGGAUGAAUCAGAUGCUCUCUCAGCUUCAAGCUGUCAUGAUGGAGAGUCAGAACGAUUUGUCUCCACUGGGUCUACUGGGCGCAGAGUCUCCUUCAAUGAAUCUGCACUUUACGAACAGGAGAAGACGACUCAGAACAAAGGACGCAGGUACACUCUGACUGAAGGAGACUUCCACCACCUGAAAAAGGCCCGGCUGACCCACCUUCACCUGCCGCCAGCCCCGUGCGACCUUAAGAUCCUCACCAUCAUGGAGUGUGACUCAGCAGAGAGCAGCACAAUCAACAUCAGUGAGACCGCAGCUCCGAAACUGCCCCUUACCAUCUACCAGCCCACUGAGAGAGUCCCUGACUGGAUGGGACAGAGCCUCAGUGGAGGUCUGCCAGGAGACCCGCACCACUCCAUUGUCCUGGACCAGGGACCCAGACAGGCCUCAUCCGCCAUGAAAACACAGCACACACGGUCCCAGACAAUGGAGGCUAUCGGGGAUAGGGGAGAGGCUGAGAGCGAAAGGGGGAUGAGAGGAGAGUUGACUCAAGCUCCGGGCCAGACUUCAGUUCUACAUUUCUUCUCUAAACUGCGGCGCCAUGCCAGUCUGGAGGGGGCAGGGCCUUACUUCAGGAGGUGGAAGUUCGACAGCAGUCACCGGGCCGCCAGUCUGGAUGCCAAAGGAUCGCCAAAGAGACGGCCCUUCCAGAGACAGAGAGCAGCAAGUGAAACCACCGAUCACACCGAUGACGACUCUUUAACUCUCCAAGAUGAAUCUUUUCCCCACACUCCCAUCCUGAGCAGCGGCCUCCAGUCCCUCUCUGCAGAGUCUCUGUCUCACCCCGCGACUACACCCACAUCCUCAGUCUUCCUCAGCAGGCUAGAACUGGAGGCCAUGGUGGAGGUAGGUGGUGGCAGCAGCACCAGGAGAGAGGAACCCUGUUUGCCAACAGAUGACUAUCGUGCCCAGAGGCCAGAGGAGGCCACAACCAAUGGAACAGGAGUCGAUAAAGAGAUAAAGUUCAGUGCAGGUUUAAGAUCAGGGGCGCUGGGGGUCGAGCCAGAAUCAACAGAAGAUGAUGACUUGUUUGGGGCACAACAAGAAGCUGCCAUUCAGGAAAGGUUUGAAGACAUGUUAAGGAAAACUAAAGACACAAAGACAGAAGGUAUGACAGUAGAUGUGAGGAAAAAGAAUGAGGCAGAGGCAGAUGAUGGAGAAGAUGUGGUGUUGGGAGCUGAGGCCAGGCAAAGGGCUGACUCAGGCUCGUCUCUUUCCUUCAUGAUUCGGCAGGAGAGCUCGGAGGCCCCUCCCUCCCUGUACAGAGACAUCUGGAGCUUGCGAGCCUCUCUGGAGCAAUAUGCCUCCUCAGAUCAGAGCAGCACAGAUAGGGAGUCUAUCCGCAGUGAUGCCGACAGCGUGUCAUCCUUAGGCGGCGCAGGAGCUCGCUCCGGCCUGGACAGCUGCUUGUCCCAAGACCUGGAUGAUGACCCUGAAGGAGAAGGGGAGGGAGAGGUGUCGGAUGGAGGAAUCAGAGGGGCGUCAGGUGGGGACAGUGAGAUGGGAAGUGGUGCUGGAGGAGAGAAUGAGGCAGGUAAUCGGAAGCUCCUUCAAAUGGACAGUGGCUAUGCCUCCAUUGAAGCGCCAUCCAGGGCCCCUGAGGAGAUGCGGCUCUUUGGGACACCUGGAGCCCCAAGAGGGAAGACGGCAUCGGAGAGAAGGUUGUUCUUCACCAGCUCAGGGAGAAAAGGUUCAGUGUGCGAGAGCAUCGAGGCCAAGCUGUUUCAGGAGGAGCUGGAGGAUGAGAUGGCAGACAACACAGGGACAGAGGAGAAAGUCAAGGAGAGAUCUCAAACUGGCAACCAGUCUCUUACCCUUCAAGAACCACAUCAACUUCUGAAAUCCCUUCAUCCUCAGAAACCUCCAGAUUCACAACCACAGCUAAUUCCUCACAGGCCUCGCCUCCGCCGCCGUGACUACAGCAUCGAUGAGAAAACAGACGCUCUUUUCAACGAGUUCCUCCGUCACGACCCCCGGUUCGACCAGCAGGACUCUCCGCUGCGCUCCAGGCACCGCUCUAGAGUUCACCUCCGGAAGCAGUGGCAGAGACACAAGCAGUACAGCGACCCAGGGUCAGGCACUGGGGGUAGGUACUCCCCAUCUUUAGAGAGGCAGCGGUUCACUCCACUGAGAAGGGGUGACAGCGCCGGUUACCCUCUGGACACCCGAUAUCACAGCACACUCUCACGCAUUGCGAGUGCUGCCGACGAAGAAGCGAGUGAGGUCGCAGCUGGCGAGGAGGCAGCCAAAGAGAGCACGGAGAACAAAGACCCCUCAAGUGAAGGAGCUGCCGGGGACAACACUGAAAGUGCAGCCAACAAAACAUGUGAAGGCACAGAUGCAAAAAAGAGCAGCUGUAGUUGUACAGGGUCAGGGGGAGAGGGCAACGGCUGCCAAGUCUCUCCAAACAAGGACACAGAAAGCACAACUAGCCAGUCUUUGACCACUGUGACUGCAAAAACGAGCCACAUGGAUCCAAGAGUCGACAACAGGAACAACAACAGUAGUCAAGCUAUCUUAUCAGAGGUUUCCCUGCAGGCAGAGGACAGCCUGUCGGACAAGCUGGUCGUGUCAGUGGAGGAGAGGCUCUACGGCGGUCUGCGCAGUGCUGAGGAGCUCGGCCAGGGAGGAUCGGAGCAUGUGCUUACCGUGUCUCACACAGCCUCACCUGGCUUCAGUCCCAUAUAA